GUCGCCCCCAGAUUUUACAGGGAUCAAUUCACCACCACUCAGGUCUAGCCUCGGCUGGCUGGGGUGGUUCAAUGUGGCCUCUAAUUGGGCGUACCACACUAGCCAGGUAUUUCAUUCCCUGCUUGUGAUCAAGGCUGGCCUAGAAAUUCCUCCUCAUCAUGACAACGACAACAGCUUGACAAUUCUCUCCCCCACCCAUAUUAUCUAUCGCCAAGUAAAGGAAGGAGAUAUGGCGCCCCUCGUCCCAUCCGCGAAACUGACGCUGUCGUACCCGCUGUACGCGUGCGACUUUGAUCCGCUGGACUCGGCGCGUUUGGUGGUCGGUGGUGGUGGUGGUGCUGGGCGGACGGGGGUGGGGAAUAGGAUUACGGUGAUCGAUGUUGCGAAUGCGAAUGAGUUGAAGGAGAGCGCGGAGGUGGAGUUGAGUAAGGAGGAGGAUAAUGUGACGAGUUUGGCGGUUGGGGCGGAGGGGAGGGUGUUUGCGGGUGUGAAUGGGAGGCCGGGGGAUGUGGGGAGGGGGGUGAAUGCGCAUUUUAGGGUUUUGGGGGUUGAGGGGAAGAAGGGGAAGGAGGAGGAGGGGGGGGUGAAGGUGUCAAUUAAGGAACAGUCGAGGUCGUCGUUGUUCCAGGGACGAGAGAAGGAUGUGUAUCAGAGGAUAACGAGACUGUCGAAACCGUUUCCGAAUAAACCACAGCUGGGAGCAGUAGCGACGGGACUGGCUAAGAACUCGGAGAUCGUGUUGUUUGAUACUUCGAAGACGGCACCGCCGGUCUCGAGAGGGGCGGUUACGAGUGCGAAGGAGGCGGAGGAUGUGGAUUUCAUACAGACGGGGGACGAUGAGUAUAUCUUCGCUUACUGCGAUGAGCAUGAUGUAUACAUCAAGAAGAUCUCUUCAGAAGAUGAUGAAGAAGCGCCGGAAUGCAUAUACAUCACACCAGGUACACGAGGCAAAGACAAGCCCACGACGCCCAAGUUCAGAGCUAUGAGGUUUCUGUCGAAAGAAUUCUUGAUCAUGCUCACGAACAUCCACAGUAAUGGAGGCGUUGUUUUACAAAUCUUCCGAAUACCGCCCAGCGGCAAGGGACAAUGUCGCCUUGCUCAGUCUGUUCGACUGCCAGACAGGAUCACCAAAGCGACCGGUAUGGCAGUCUGCAAUCUGACACCACCAACAACUCCCUCGGAACCCCAAGGAUACACGCAAUUUGUGAUUGCAGUGGCCGGACACGACAUCUCAUUAAAUCUCUUCAAGGUCGACUUCCAGGCCGCGGCGGGGAUAUCCAUCGUCUCGAGCAUCAAACCAUUUCGCUCGUUCAGGAAUGUUCACCCCCUCCAAAUAACCUCCCUUGCAUUUUCCAAUUUUACGCCACCCGCACACCCUAUAACAGCACACACUCCCCCACAGUACCUGAAGCUCGCCAGCGUCGGUGUAGCCAACACGGUCGUGGUGCACACCUUUCCCCUGUUCCCAGUUCCGCUGUCUAUGAAGAGAGGCCAGUCAACUACUCCGAGAUACGUUAUCGCCCUACCAUCCACAGCAUUAGCAUUCGCAAUGGGUCUCCUCAUGUCAGUCCUCGGUAUUGCGCUCGCUGCCGUCUUCAUCCAAAGCUUUCUCGAGAUCCGAGGUGUCGUGCCAGAAUAUCUCGAGGCCAAAAAUUACGUGCCGAUGAAAUGGCAACACAAGCUCCAUCGACCGUUCGAUUACAACCAGCUAGAGCCGAAAGUCCUCCCAUCGUCAACUGAAACGCUUCUCCCCUAUUCAACAGUCACAGGAGCGGGAGGAGCAACACCGACCCCGAAGGGAACGCAAUGUAAGGCUAAACAGGAGGCGAAAGUUACAAAGACUCCACAGCAAAAGGGACAGGAUGACAUGGAGCGUAUGAUAGCGGAAGACAAGCUGGUGCGGAACCUGAGGGAUGCGGGGAAGUGGAAGCAGAUUCCGGAUGAGGUGCAAGAGAAGCACAAUGAGCGGACGUGGGAUCAGCUCGGGACGGAGGAGAAGAAGAAGUGGAAGCAGGCGUUGAAGGAGGCGGGGAACUGGGCGGAGGAUCUUCCUGAGGAGAUUUUUAAGGGGGUUAUGUUUGGGGAGAUGGGUGGUGCUGUUGGGAGGGCUGUUGCUGGGGCUUAGGGUUGAGAGUGUAACGAUGGUUCUUUGCUUAUUUCGAAGGGUUAGGGGGCACAUAUUGGGUGGGAUCAAUGAUUGCUAGCGUACUGUAAGAUUAUGAUAGAUAGGGGAUACAACUCGAUGGAUUUAUUG